AUGAAGAUACGAUCGGUCUUCGACAUCGCCUCAGCGAUCCUAUCGUGCGCGUUGGUCGCCUCUGCACAGUCUCCUGACCCAGUUGGCACCAUCUAUCAUGGCCCUGUGCCUGAUAACUUACACGGAUCAGACUACAGCUAUCCCUGGCCAGUGAAGCUUUUCAACUUCUACAAUCAGCGUCAGAAUCUCUCAAUGGCAUUCAUGGACGUCCCAGCUCGCAAAAAGUGCGACAAAGAGAAGGUCGCUGUCCUACUUCAUGGCGGAAACUUCUGUGGAGUUACUUGGUCUGCUACCGCGCGCAAGUUAUCGGCUGUGGGCUACCGGGUGAUCCUGCCUGAUGAUAUUGGAUUUUGCAAAUCAAGCAAGCCCCAGGGUUAUUCCUACAAUGUGAAUCAGCAGGCAUUGAAUAUCAACAGUCUUCUCACAGCGCUAGGUAUCGAACAGGUCACAGUCGUUGGACAUUCGAUGGGCGGCAUGAUUGCUGCGCGCUAUGGCCUUAUGUAUCCCGAAACGGUCAAUCAGCUGUUUCUAGUUGAUCCACUGGGCCUAGAGGACUGGGUUGCCAAGGGAGUGCCUUUCCUGCCGAUUGAUGCAUCCUACGAAUCUCAAGUCACGCAGAAUUUCACCACUCUCAAGGAGUAUGAGGCGGCUUCUUACUUUCACGGUGCCGUCUGGAAGCCCGAGUAUGAUACUUGGGUUCAAAUGCUAGCCAAUAUAUAUGCUGGUGAUCAUGGCUCAGACUAUGCGUAUGUGAUGGCUCUUGUCACCGAUACGUUACUUAGCCAGCCCGUUAUCUACCAGCUACCUCAUCUACAGACACGAACCUAUCUGAUGGUGGGCGAAAACGACAUCACGGCCCUUGGCAAAGCAUGGUCAUCUGCAGAUGUUGCUGCACAACUGGGUCACUAUUCCACCCUAGGCCCAGCAGCAGCAGCCUUGAUCCCCAACUGCACCUUUCACAUGUUCCCCGGACUGGGCCAUGCGCCUUUCCUUCAGGACCCUGAAGCCUUUUACAAAUUAUUAUUCUCCUGGUUAGAUUAA